AUGGUCAUGAUGUGCCCUCAGGAUUCUUCACCACUUGCGGCUGUUUUAGCCGCCACAGCUGUUGCUUCCGUCGAUGACGCAAAACAAGAUUUCUUCGAAGAAGCACAUAACGCUAAGAAUGAGCUCAACCAAGGAAUAGGUGGGUUCGAUGAAGUCAUUGGCGGGAAAGAGGAUGAAUCCAAAUACAACCAAGGCGGACAAAAGGGAGGCGGUGGAGGUGGCCAAGGAGGACAGAAGGGAGGCGGAGGAGGUGGCCAAGGAGGACAGAAGGGAGGCGGUGGUGGUGGUCAAGGAGGACACAAGGGAGGCGGUGGUGGUGGCCAAGGAGGACAGGGUGGACACAAAGGAGGAGGUGGGGGUGGUGCCCAAGGAGGACGCAAAGGAGGAGGCGGGGGUGGUGGCCAGGGAGGACACAAAGGAGGAGGCGGCGGUGGUGGCCAGGGAGAACACAAAGGAGGAGGCGGCGGUGGUGGCCAGGGAGGACACAAAGGAGGAGGCGGGGGUGGUGGCCAGGGAGGACACAAAGGAGGAGGCGGCGGUGGUGGCCAGGGAGGACACAAAGGAGGAGGCGGCGGUGGUGGCCAGGGAGGACACAAAGGAGGUGGCGGCGGUGGUGGCCAGGGAGGACACAAAGGAGGAGGCGGCGGUGGUGGCCAGGGAGGACACAAAGGAGGUGGCGGCAGCGGAGGAGGUAGAGGAGGUGGAGGUGGUAGUGGACGAGGAGGCGGCGGCGGAAUGUAG